CCCCGGCGUCCGCACGGCCCGGGCCUCCGCGGGGUCCGCAGCCGCUGCUCCGCGGGCUCGCGGGCUCCCGGCCGGCCCCGGCUGUCCGUCUCCGCGGGCGCCAGCCAAUCGCCCGCGGCUGCCCCGGCCGCACCUCCCGGAAUCUGUGACGGGCGUGCGGGACAGCCUAUGAGACUGCGGCCCCGGCGGCCUGGGCUGGGAGCGGGAGCCAAUGAGCAUCAUUCCAGAGGCAAUUGCUCUUGGAUCCUUCUGUUUACAAUGGCCCAGAGAGCCGGACUCGAAGACCCAGAGAGGUACCUCUUUGUGGACAGAGCGGUCAUCUACAACCCCGCCACUCAGGCCGACUGGACGGCUAAAAAGCUAGUGUGGAUCCCGUCGGAACGCCAUGGUUUCGAGGCAGCCAGUAUCAAGGAAGAGCGGGGAGACGAGGUCAUGGUGGAGUUGGCCGAGAACGGAAAGAAGGCGAUGGUCAACAAAGAUGACAUCCAGAAGAUGAACCCACCUAAGUUUUCCAAGGUGGAGGAUAUGGCGGAAUUGACGUGCUUGAACGAAGCUUCUGUGUUACACAACCUGAAGGACCGCUACUAUUCAGGACUUAUCUACACUUAUUCUGGACUCUUCUGUGUAGUCAUAAACCCUUACAAGAAUCUUCCAAUCUACUCUGAGAAUAUCAUUGAAAUGUACAGAGGGAAGAAACGCCACGAGAUGCCUCCACACAUCUACGCUAUCUCUGAAUCUGCUUAUAGAUGCAUGCUUCAAGAUCGUGAGGACCAGUCAAUUCUUUGCACGGGUGAAUCAGGUGCUGGGAAGACAGAAAAUACUAAGAAAGUCAUUCAGUACCUUGCUCAUGUCGCUUCUUCGCACAAAGGACGGAAGGACCAUAAUAUUCCUCAGGAAUCGCCAAAACCAGUGAAGCAUCAGGGGGAACUCGAACGGCAGCUCUUACAAGCGAAUCCAAUCCUGGAAUCAUUCGGAAACGCGAAGACCGUGAAAAAUGAUAACUCAUCUCGUUUUGGCAAGUUCAUCCGCAUCAACUUUGAUGUAACCGGCUACAUCGUUGGGGCCAACAUUGAAACAUACCUUCUGGAAAAAUCUCGUGCUGUCCGUCAAGCAAAAGAUGAGCGUACUUUUCAUAUCUUUUACCAGUUGUUAUCCGGAGCAGGAGAACACCUGAAGUCUGACCUGCUCCUUGAAGGAUUUAAUAACUACAGAUUUCUCUCCAAUGGCUACAUUCCCAUUCCGGGACAGCAAGACAAAGAUAACUUUCAGGAGACCAUGGAAGCAAUGCACAUAAUGGGCUUCUCUCACGAGGAAAUUCUCUCAAUGCUUAAAGUGGUAUCUUCAGUGCUACAGUUUGGAAACAUUUCUUUCAAAAAGGAGCGAAAUACUGACCAAGCGUCCAUGCCAGAAAAUACAGUUGCACAGAAACUCUGCCAUCUUCUGGGGAUGAAUGUGAUGGAGUUCACUCGGGCUAUCCUCACCCCCCGGAUCAAGGUCGGCCGAGACUAUGUGCAGAAAGCCCAGACCAAAGAACAAGCAGAUUUUGCAGUAGAAGCACUGGCGAAAGCUACCUAUGAGCGGCUCUUUCGCUGGCUCGUCCACCGCAUCAACAAAGCUCUGGACAGGACCAAGCGUCAGGGCGCGUCUUUCAUCGGAAUCCUGGAUAUUGCUGGAUUCGAAAUAUUUGAGCUGAACUCCUUCGAGCAGCUCUGCAUCAACUACACCAACGAGAAGCUGCAGCAGCUCUUUAACCACACGAUGUUCGUGCUGGAGCAGGAGGAGUACCAGCGCGAGGGCAUCGAGUGGAGCUUCAUCGACUUUGGCCUUGACCUGCAGCCCUGCAUCGACCUCAUCGAGAGACCCGCCAACCCCCCCGGCGUGCUGGCCCUUCUGGACGAAGAGUGCUGGUUCCCGAAGGCCACGGAUAAGACCUUUGUCGAAAAACUAGUUCAAGAGCAAGGCUCCCACUCCAAGUUUCAGAAACCCCGGCAACUGAAAGACAAAGCAGACUUCUGCAUCAUCCACUACGCGGGGAAGGUGGACUACAAGGCAGACGAGUGGCUGAUGAAGAACAUGGACCCGCUGAACGACAACGUGGCCACCCUCCUGCAUCAGUCGUCGGACAGAUUCGUGGCAGAGCUUUGGAAGGACGUGGACCGCAUUGUGGGUCUGGAUCAAGUUACUGGCAUGACGGAGACCGCUUUUGGCUCUGCCUACAAAACCAAGAAGGGCAUGUUCCGUACCGUGGGGCAGCUCUACAAGGAGUCCCUCACCAAGCUGAUGGCGACGCUCCGAAACACCAACCCCAACUUUGUCCGCUGCAUCAUCCCGAAUCACGAGAAGCGGGCUGGAAAACUGGAUCCGCAUCUGGUGCUGGACCAGCUUCGCUGCAACGGAGUCCUGGAGGGAAUCCGGAUCUGUCGCCAGGGCUUCCCCAACCGGAUAGUUUUCCAGGAGUUCAGACAGAGAUACGAGAUCCUGACUCCAAAUGCUAUUCCCAAGGGUUUCAUGGACGGCAAACAGGCUUGUGAGCGAAUGAUCAGGGCUUUAGAAUUGGACCCAAACUUGUACAGAAUCGGACAGAGCAAGAUAUUUUUCAGAGCUGGCGUUUUGGCGCACUUAGAGGAAGAAAGAGAUUUAAAAAUUACCGACAUCAUCAUCUUCUUCCAGGCCGUUUGCAGAGGUUACCUGGCCAGAAAGGCCUUCGCCAAGAAGCAGCAGCAGCUGAGCGCCCUGAAGGUCCUGCAGCGGAACUGCGCCGCCUACCUGAAGCUCCGUCACUGGCAGUGGUGGCGCGUCUUCACCAAGGUGAAGCCGCUCCUCCAAGUGACCCGCCAGGAGGAGGAGCUUCAGGCCAAGGACGAGGAGCUGCUGAAGGUGAAGGAGAAGCAGACGAAGGUGGAGGGCGAGCUGGAGGAGAUGGAACGCAAGCACCAGCAGCUUCUGGAGGAGAAGAACAUCCUGGCAGAGCAGCUGCAGGCGGAGACGGAGCUCUUUGCCGAAGCGGAAGAGAUGAGGGCGAGGCUCGCCGCCAAGAAGCAGGAGCUGGAGGAGAUCCUCCACGACCUGGAAUCCAGGGUUGAGGAGGAAGAAGAAAGAAACCAAAUCCUCCAGAACGAAAAGAAGAAGAUGCAAGCGCACAUUCAGGACUUGGAGGAGCAGCUGGACGAGGAGGAAGGGGCUCGCCAGAAACUGCAGCUGGAGAAGGUGACGGCAGAGGCGAAGACCAAGAAGAUGGAGGAGGAGAUCCUGCUUCUCGAGGACCAAAACUCCAAGUCUAUCAAAGAAAAGAAACUCUUGGAGGAUCGCAUCGCGGAGUGCUCCUCUCAGCUGGCUGAAGAGGAAGAAAAGGCCAAAAAUUUGGCCAAAAUCAGAAAUAAGCAAGAAGUGAUGAUCUCAGAUUUAGAAGAACGCUUAAAGAAGGAAGAAAAGACCCGUCAGGAGCUGGAAAAGGCCAAGAGAAAACUCGACGGAGAGACCACCGACCUGCAGGACCAGAUCGCGGAGCUGCAGGCGCAGAUCGACGAGCUCAAGGUCCAGCUGGCCAAGAAGGAGGAGGAGCUGCAGGGCGCGCUGGCCAGGGGCGACGACGAGACGCUCCACAAGAACAACGCGCUCAAGGUGGUGCGCGAGCUGCAAGCCCAGAUCGCCGAGCUGCAGGAGGACUUCGAAUCGGAGAAGGCUUCGCGGAACAAGGCGGAGAAGCAGAAGCGGGACUUGAGUGAGGAGCUGGAGGCUCUGAAAACGGAGCUGGAGGACACCCUGGACACCACCGCGGCUCAGCAGGAACUUCGCACCAAACGUGAACAAGAGGUGGCAGAGUUGAAGAAGGCUCUGGAGGAAGAGACGAGGAACCACGAAGCCCAAAUCCAGGACAUGCGACAGAGACACGCCACAGCCCUGGAGGAGCUCUCGGAGCAGCUGGAACAGGCCAAGAGGUUCAAGGCAAAUCUGGAGAAGAACAAGCAGGGCCUGGAGACUGACAACAAAGAGCUGGCGUGUGAGGUCAAGGUGCUGCAGCAGGUCAAGGCCGAGUCUGAGCACAAGAGGAAGAAACUGGACGCGCAGGUGCAGGAGCUCCACGCCAAGGUCUCGGAAGGAGACAGACUCCGGGUGGAGCUGGCCGAGAAAGCAAACAAGUUACAGAAUGAAUUGGAUAACGUCUCCACGCUUCUGGAAGAAGCCGAGAAGAAGGGUAUUAAAUUUGCCAAGGACGCAGCCAGUCUGGAAUCUCAACUACAGGACACACAGGAGCUUCUUCAGGAGGAGACGCGCCAAAAGCUGAACCUGAGCAGUCGCAUCCGGCAGCUGGAGGAGGAGAAGAACGGCCUCCAGGAGCAGCAGGAGGAGGAAGAGGAGGCCAGGAAGAACCUGGAGAAACAAGUGCUGGCCCUGCAGUCUCAGCUGACGGAUACCAAGAAGAGAGUAGACGAUGACUUAGGAACAAUUGAAAGUUUGGAAGAAGCCAGAAAGAAGCUCCUGAAGGACGCGGAGGCGCUGGGCCAGCGCCUGGAGGAGAAGGCUUCGGCCUACGACAAGCUGGAGAAGACCAAAAACCGCCUGCAGCAGGAGCUCGACGACCUGACGGUGGACCUGGACCAGCAGCGCCAGAUCGCCUCCAACUUGGAGAAGAAGCAGAAGAAGUUCGACCAGCUGUUAGCAGAAGAGAAGAACAUCUCUGCUCGCUAUGCAGAGGAGCGAGACCGUGCGGAGGCAGAGGCCAGGGAGAAGGAAACCAAAGCCCUGUCCCUGGCGCGGGCCCUCGAGGAGGCCCUGGAGGCCAAGGAGGAGUACGAGAGGCAGAACAAGCAGCUUCGAGCGGACAUGGAAGACCUGAUGAGCUCCAAGGACGACGUGGGGAAGAACGUGCACGAACUUGAGAAGUCCAAACGGGCGCUAGAGCAGCAGGUGGAGGAGAUGAGGACCCAGCUGGAGGAGCUGGAAGAUGAACUUCAGGCCACGGAGGACGCCAAGCUGCGCCUAGAGGUCAACAUGCAGGCCAUGAAGGCCCAGUUUGAGAGGGACCUGCAGACCAGAGAUGAGCAGAACGAGGAGAAGAAGCGGCUGCUGGUUAAACAGGUGCGGGAGCUGGAGGCGGAGCUGGAGGACGAGCGGAAGCAGCGGGCGCUGGCGGUCGCGUCCAAGAAGAAACUGGAAAUAGACCUGAAGGACCUGGAAGCUCAGAUGGAGGCCGCGAACAAAGCCAGGGACGAGGUGGUCAAGCAGCUCCGCAAGCUUCAGGCUCAGAUGAAGGAUUACCAACGUGAAUUAGAAGAAGCUCGUGCAUCCCGGGACGAGAUUUUUGCUCAAUCCAAAGAGAGUGAAAAGAAACUCAAGAGUCUAGAAGCCGAAAUCCUUCAAUUGCAAGAGGAACUCGCCUCCUCUGAGCGAGCCCGCCGCCACGCCGAGCAGGAGAGGGACGAGCUGGCCGACGAGAUCGCCAACAGCGCCUCUGGCAAGUCUGCGCUGCUGGAUGAGAAGCGGCGUCUGGAGGCGCGGAUCGCGCAGCUGGAGGAGGAGCUGGAGGAGGAGCAGAGCAACACGGAGCUGCUCAACGACCGCUUCCGCAAGACCACGCUGCAGGUGGACACGCUGAACGCAGAGCUGGCGGCCGAGCGCAGCGCCGCCCAGAAGAGUGACAACGCGCGCCAGCAGCUGGAGCGGCAGAACAAGGAGCUCAAGGCCAAGCUGCAGGAACUGGAGGGCACCGUCAAGUCCAAGUUCAAGGCCACCAUCUCGGCCCUGGAAGCCAAGAUCGGGCAGCUGGAGGAGCAGCUGGAGCAGGAAGCCAAGGAACGGGCAGCCGCCAACAAGCUGGUCCGCCGCACGGAGAAGAAGCUGAAGGAGAUCUUCAUGCAGGUGGAAGACGAGCGUCGCCAUGCGGAUCAGUACAAAGAACAGAUGGAGAAGGCCAACGCCAGGAUGAAGCAGCUGAAACGGCAGCUGGAGGAAGCAGAAGAGGAAGCCACGCGUGCCAACGCGUCUCGGCGUAAACUCCAGCGGGAACUGGAUGAUGCCACGGAGGCCAACGAGGGCCUGAGCCGCGAGGUCAGCACUCUGAAGAACCGGCUGAGGCGGGGCGGCCCCAUCAGCUUCUCCUCCAGCCGGUCUGGCCGGCGUCAGCUGCACAUCGAAGGGGCCUCGCUGGAGCUGUCGGACGACGACACGGAGAGUAAGACCAGUGACGUCAACGAGACGCAGCCGCCCCAGUCCGAGUAGAGCCCCGGGAAGCCAGCGGAGGCGGUACAGAGGGACAGUGGGGACUCGGCCGGCGCCAGCCUGCCUCGGGGCCUCCCACACGUCGAGGAAACUGGCGAGCUCUGGGAUUCCUUCCCGAAAGAUCAACCGUGUCUUAAGGCUUUCCGGCCUCCACAUACUGUAUCCUGCUUCAGAUUUAAGUACAGUUGCUCCCCGUUUUAUAUAUAUACGUCCACAAAACCUACACCUAUUAAACAGACGGUCUCAUCCUUGCA